GGUCUGCUCAUUUUCUGAUUCUGUGUGUGUUUUCCUCCUCAGGACUUUUAUGAAUACCGGUAAGCAACAGAAGCCAGUGCUAACAGGCCAGCGGUUCAAGACCAGGAAACGGGGUGAGUUGAGUUACAGCCACAGACAGCUGUCUACGUCCAAUGUCAAUGCCUAAUGUUUACCACAUACAGUAUGUUGGCAAGACAACAUGCAUGGUGUGAAAUUGCAAUACCAAUAUUUUGGCAAGACAGCAGACACAGUGUUACGUUGCGGUACCAAAUAAUUGAAACCGUUUCUUAAAUCAACUGCCUCUUUAAGACUGUGUGUGAGAUGUCUUGAUUAUCUUUGAAGUCUCACGACCUCCAAAGUGUCAAUGCACACUUUUAGAUCAGAUUUCUCCUAUUAAGAUCUGCUUCUUAGUAAGGGACCAGCAAAGAUAUAGCAGGGUACUUCUCUUCUCUCCUCUCCUGUCCUCUAAUUUCUCUCUUCUCUUCUCUCCUCUUCUCUCCUCUUCUCUCCUGUCCUCUCCUCUUCUCUCCUGUCCUCUCCUCUUCUCUCCUGUCCUGUCCUCUUCUCUUCUCUCCUGUCCUCUCCUCUUCUCUCCUGUCCUCUCCUCUUCUCUCCUGUCCUGUCCUCUCCUCUUCUCUUCUCUCCUGUCCUCUCCUCUUCUCUCCUGUCCUCUCCUCUUCUCUCCUGUCCUCUCCUCUCCUCUUCUCUUCUCUCCUGUCCUCUCCUCUUCUCUCCUGUCCUCUCCUCUUCUCUCCUGUCCUGUCCUCUCCUCUUCUCUUCUCUCCUGUCCUCUCCUCUUCUCUCCUGUCCUCUCCUCUUCUCUCCUGUCCUGUCCUCUCCUCUUCUCUUCUCUCCUGUCCUCUCCUCUUCUCUCCUGUCCUCUCCUCUUCUCUCCUGUCCUCUCCUCUCCUCUUCUCUGCUGUCCUCUCCUCUUCUCUCCUGUCCUGUCCUCUCCUCUUCUCUUUUCUCUCCUGUCCUCUCCUCUUCUCUUAAGUCCUCUCCUCUUCUCUUCUGUCCUCUCCUCUCUCCUCUCCACACAUAAACACAGACUAUAAAUACACUUCGCUUCAAGGGUUCUGUUUCAUCUCUCUUUUACAGCAAUAGAUUGUUGUGGCUUGACAUUCCCUCUUACACAACACCUACUGCGAUCCAGCAUUGCUACAGCCUGGCUCCCAGUCAUUAAGAUGUUCAAGUUCCUAGAAUGUCAGCUCUCUUGUUUGUGCUCUCUUGGCAACUCCCAGACAUGACAGGACAAACAGAUCUGGGACCAGGCUAUAGCUAAACUUCCUGCCAGUCCAGAAGCAGUGGGUGUUGUUAUAUAAAUUACUCACAGAGCAGAAGAACGUGUAGUGUCGUAGGAACAUUGGGUUCAUACUCCGUGGGGCACCUUGUUGAUUCUCUUGAUCCAUGUUUUGAUACCUGGAGAGCUGUUAAUGAAGGGGAUAUCGUUUGGACAAUGUGUUCUUUGUGAAAAACACAGAGGAUUAAUCAGGGAGGCUAACGCUCCCCCAGGCCAAGUAGUGACCCAUCAGGGCAGGGUCCCUUGUCCUCAUCACACCUUGGCUGGGGAACUGAAGGGCUGUCUUAUUUGGCCCCCCAAGGGGGAACAAUGCAAAUAGUCCGGGUAGAUAUUUGAUUCGGCACCCUGACCAUCCGCUCAAGAAAAAAUCGGCCUGCAGGUGAAUCUAGUUGAUAAUCCCUGGCAUACGGUAUAUACUGUAUUAUGCAUGGUUUACCAUACCUCACUUUCUGAUGUUAACUGUGUUUGGGUUUAAUACAUAUUAGUGUACAUACAACACUGAUGUCCUCCUCUUCCCUUUCCCUCCCUACCCAGAUGAAAAGGAGAAGUUUGAGCCCACAGUUUUUAGAGACACGAUUGUUCUGGGCCUCAAUGAAGCAGGAGGGGACCUCGAUGCUGUAGCCAAGUUCCUGGACGUUACUGGGUCCCGACUCGACUACCGUCGCUAUGCCGACACUCUCUUCGACAUCCUCAUCGCGGGGAGCAUGCUCGGUUAGUGCAUUGCAGCAAAUUUGGCAGGCAGCCCGACCGGGACUCGAUUCCAGAUCUCAGGACUGUCAGUACAUAACCUUAGCCAUUACACCAAGAGGUCUGCCCCGCUUGAUGAGGUUGUUAGGUGUUGUACUAAGGCAGCUAUAGUAUCAGGGUCAUCUGCACCUGGUUUCAGCUCUCUGCUCAGUAAUGGGACAUCCUGGUCCUUUCGUAUCAGUAUUCACACUAGGGCACCAGGCAUGACCAUGUCCACUCAGGCAAGGACAAACAGAUCAAUGCUGGCUUUGUCAGAUUACCAGGAUAAUUCCCCAUUAAAAAAUACAUCCUGGCCUAUCAGAGAACCGAAUACACUGUUCCUUCUUCUGUAUGUGUCAGUGGACUGCUCAUUGAGCUGUAUGCACUUGUUCUAACUCCAAGUUUUCCUCGCUAAUAGAUGAGGGUACUUGAACACAGUUUUUUGUGUUUGUGGACAUAUUUGUAUUUUGUAUUCAGUGAGGUAGGGGAUGGGGCAUUGAGUAAUAUGCUGAACCCUCUGUCCUGUUAACUGGUGGUCAGUGUGCCUGAACUAGAGUGACCCUGCAGAUCUAAGCUCGUAGAUUUACCCUAUAAUCACUCUGUCUUUCUCCCCACACACUCCUUGUUUACAUGGCAUGGAGUUCUCACAAAGAGUAUGUCUUUGACCACACACACGAAAAUACACACACUCACAAACACAUGCUCAUUCACAUCCUGCCGUGUGUAAUCUUUGUAGAAUUAGUUGAAUUCUCUGCCAGUCUGUCUCUGUCACACAAACACACACACACACACACACACACACAAACACACACACAAACACAAACUCACACACACAGGAUGGGGCCUGUGUCAGUCUCUGCAUGCUGCACAUAAACCCCAUUAGAGAUAACAGGUUUACGCUGGUCCUAUAAUAAGAACCUGGCAGUGUCAGUGGAGAGACGGAGCAGCUCAGAGGGAGACCAGGGAUACGUGGUCCUCUACAUGAAAGGAACCAGCAUCUCAGGGAACCACAUUAGCCUUUAGUAGCAUGAAGGCUAGGUACCUGGUUCAUGCAAGCACACACAGCACUAUUUAUAAAAUGUGCUAUACUAAAGGUGGGAUAUUUGCAUGAACACAUAGAGGAAGUGAUGAUUUUGUUAAUCUACAACAGUCCUAUGAAGCAGUUAUGAAGUCAACAGGGAUAGUAAAGCAUUAGAUCCAGAUCUAACAGGUUGCAGGUUGGGCUCUAAGCCUUCAGAUACUGUAGUUGUUGUUAAGCCCUCAUAAACAUCCUCAUUUGUCCCAAACAGGAGGAGAUUAAAAUAAUGGAUCAUCCUGCGUCAACAGCCACCUCGGGGAUGGAACAGACAAAGGGGGGAAAAAAUGGAGAGAUGUUAGUAAAUAGAUGAUUGACUAGGAAGAACAGAGCUCUCUCUCUCCUUCCUGUGAAUGGGUAGUGUCUCCCUUUAGGGUGGAGUGAAUGAUGUAAUAAUGUUGUGUAAUAAUCCAGUUACAGUAUGAUUACUGAUUACUGUAUAUCAGGGUCUGAUCACUCCCAUCCUUAUGCGCCAAUAUCUCCAUGAUAUCCACAACUUCUUGUCACAUCAAUCAAUCAUGGACAUAGAGUAGAUAGAUAGGUCUCUUUCUGAUUAUUCUACAACUCUACAGUUAUAGCUAACAGACAGUAAGGACAUACCCAUGCUGCUAGCUAACAGGGUUAAAGCUUUAAACCUUGACCCUGAUGACUUGCCACGUCUUUCUGUCCGUCUAGAUGUAUGUCUGUCCGCCCGUCUGUCUGUCUGCCUGUCUGUCCAUCUGUCUGUCUGUCUGUCCGUCCGUCCGUCUCUUCUUUCUAAUCGCUUUAUGACUGGGCAGGAUAGAUAGUCGUUGAAGUGGUGUGUUGACCUUUAUGGCACAAGGGUCACUACCCUCUCCGGCUGUGCUGGUUGUUCCCCCUCAUUCACUACAACCGUAAUGUAAAUAACUGUCUGUCUGUCUCAGCUCCCGGCGGGACGCGCAUUGACGAGGGGGACAAGACCAAGGUGACAGAACAUUGUGUGUUUACCACCGAGGAGAACCAUGCCAACCUCCGCCGCUAUGCUCAGGUUGGUAUACACAAACACACACACAAACAAUCUAAUCUAAUCAAAUAACAUUUUAUUGGUCGCAUACACAUAUUUAGUAGAUGUUAUUGUGGAUGUAGCGAAAUGCUUAUGUUCCUAGCUCCAUGAGUGCAGUAAUAUCUAACAAUACACAACAAUACACACAAAUCUAAAUCUAAAAGUAAAAGAAUAGAAUUAAGAAAUAUAGAAAUAUUAGGAUAAGCAAUGUCAGAGUCCGGAGUAUAUAUAUAUAUAUAUAUAUAUAUAUAUAUAUAUAUAUAUAUAUAUAUAUAUAUAUAUAUAUAUAUACAGUGGGGAGAACAAGUAUUUGAUACACUGCCGAUUUUGCAGGUUCUCCUACUUACAAAGCAUGUAGAGGUCUGUAAAUCACAUUGUAUGAUUUUAAAGUAAUUAAUUUGCAUUUUAUUGAAUGACAUAAGUAUUUGAUACAUCAGAAAAGCAGAACUUAGUAUUUGGUACAGAAACCUUUGUUUGCAAUUACAGCGAUCAUACGUUUCCUGUAGGUCUUGACCAGGAUUGCACACACUGCAGCAGGGAUUUUGGCCCACUCCUCCAUACAGACCUUCUCCAGAUCCUUCAGGUUUCGGGGCUGUCGCUGGGCAAUAUGGACUUUCAGCUCCCUCCAAAGAUUUUCUAUUGGGUUCAGGUCUGGAGACUGGCUAGGCCACUCCAGGACCUUGAGAUGCUUCUUACGGAGCCACUCCUUAGUUGCCCUGGCUGUAUGUUUUGGGUCGUUGUCAUGCUGGAAGACCCAGCCACGACCCAUCUUCAAUGCUCUUACUGAGGGAAGGAGGUUGUUGGCCAAGAUCUCGCGAUACAUGGAUCUCCUCCUCUCCCCAAGAUCUCCUCCCCUCAAUACGGUGCAGUCGUCCUGUCCCCUUUGCAGAAAAGCAUCCCCAAAGAAUGAUUUUUCCACCUCCAUGCUUCACGGUUGGGAUGGUGUUCUUGGGGUUGUACUCAUCCUUCUUCUUCCUCCAAACACGGCGAGUGGAGUUUAGACCAAAAAGCUAUAUUUUUGUCUCAUCAGACCACAUGACCUUCUCCCAUUCCUCCUCUGGAUCAUCCAGAUGGUCAUUGGCAAACUUCAGACGGGCCUGGACAUGCGCUGGCUUGAGCAGGGGGACCUUGCGUGCGCUGCAGGAUUUUAAUCCAUGACGGCGUAGUGUGUUACUAAUGGUUUUCUUUGAGACUGUGGUCCCAGCUCUCUUCAGGUCAUUGACCAGGUCCUGCCGUGUAGUUCUGGGCUGAUCCCUCACCUUCCUCAUGAUCAUUGAUGCCCCACGAGGUGAGAUCUUGCAUGGAGCCCCAGACCGAGGGUGAUUGACCGUCAUCUUGAACUUCUUCCAUUUUCUAAUAAUUGCGCCAACAGUUGUUGCCUUCUCACCAAGCUGCUUGCCUAUUGUCCUGUAGCCCAUCCCAGCCUUGCGCAGGUCUACAAUUUUAACCCUGAUGUCCUUACACAGCUCUCUGGUCUUGGCCAUUGUGGAGAGGUUGGAGUCUGUUUGAUUGAGUGUGUGGACAGGUGUCUUUUUUAUAUGGGUAAUGAGUUCAAACAGGUGCAGUUAAUACAGGUAAUGAGUGGAGAACAGGAGGGCUUCUUAAAGAAAAACUAACAGGUCUGUGAGAGCCGGAAUUCUUACUGGUUGGUAGGUGAUCAAAUACUUAUGUCAUGCAAUAAAAUGCAAAUUAAUUACUUAACAAUCAUACAAUGUGAUUUUCUGGAUUUUUGUUUUAGAUUCUGUCUCUCACAGUUGAAGUGUACCUAUGACCUCUACAUGCUUUGUAGGAAAACCUGCAAAAUCUGCAGUGUAUCAAAUACUUGUUCUCCCCACUGUAUAUAUAUACAGUACCAGUCAAAAGUUUGGACACACCUACUCAUUCCAGGGUUUUUCUUUAUUUUUACUAUUUUCUACAUUGUAGAAUAAUAGUGAAGACAUCAAAACUAUGAAAUAACACAUAUGGAAUCAUGUAGGAACCAAAAAAGUGUUAAACAAAUCAAAAUAUAUUCUAUAUUUGAGAUUCUUCAAAUAGCCAUCCUUUGCCUUGAUGACAGCUUUUCACACUCUUGGCAUUCUCUCAACCAGCUUCACCUGGAAUGCUUUUCCAACCGUCUUGAAGGAGUACCCACAUAUGCUGAGCACUUGUUGGCUGCUUUUCCUUCACUCUGCCGUCCGACUCAUCCCAAACCAUCUCAGUUGGGUUGAGGUCGGGGGAUUGUGGAGGCCAGGUCAUCUGAUGCAGCCCUCCAUCACUCUCCUUCUUGGUCAAAUAUCCCUUAUACAGCCUAGAGGUGUGUUGGGUCAUUAUCCUCUUAAAAAACAAAUGCUAGUCCCACUAAGCCCAAACCAGAUGGGAUGGCAUAUCGCUGCAGAAUGCUGUGGUAGACAUGCUGGUUAAGUGUGCCUUGAAUUCUAAAUAAAUCACAGACAGUGUCACCAGCAAAGCACCCCCACACCAUCACACCACCUCCUCCAUGCUUUACGGUUGAAAUACACAUGCAGAGAUCAUCCAUUCAACCACACCGCGUCUCACAAAGACACAGCGGUUGGAACCAAAAAUCUGAAAUUUGGACUCCAGACCAAAGGACACAUUUCCACCGGUCUAAUGUCCAUUUCUCGUGUUUCUUUGCCCAAGCAGGUCUCUUCUUCCUAUUGGUGUCCUUUAGUAGUGGUUUCUUUGCAGCAAUUCAACCAUGAAGGCCCCUCUGAACAGUUGAUGUUGAGAUGUGUCUGUGACUUGAACUUGAACUUUAUUUGGGCUGCAAUUUCUGAGGCUGGUAACUCGAAUGAACUUAUCCUCUGCAGCAGAGGUAACUCUGGGUCUUCCAUUCCUGUGGCGGUCCUCAUGAGAGCCAGUUUCAUCAUAGCGCUUGAUGGUUUUGCGACUGCACUUGAAGAAACUUUCAAAGUUCUUGAACUUUUCCGUAUUGACUGACCUUCAUGUCUUAAAGUACACAGUGGCCCCGUGUAGCUCAGUUGGUAGAGCAUGGCGUUUGCAACGCCAGGGUUGUGGGUUUGAUUCCCACGGGGGGCCAGUAAGAAAAUGUAUGCACUCACUAAAAACUGUAAAUUGCUCUGGAUAAGAGCGUCUACUAAAUUACUAAAAUCUCAAAUCUAAUGAUGGACUGUUGUUUCUCUUUGCUUAUUUGAGCUGUUCUUGCCAUAAUUUGGACUUGGUCUUUUAACAAAUAGGGCUAUCUUCUGUAUAACCCCCCUACGUUGUCACAACACAACUGAUUGGCUCAAGCGCAUUAAGAAGGAAAUAAAUUCCACAAAUUAACUUUUAAGAAGGCACACCUGUUAAUUCAAAUGCAUUCCAGGUGACUAGAUCAUGACGCUGGUUGAGAGAAUUCCAAGAGUGUGCAAAGCUGUCAUCAAGGCAAAGGGUGGCUGAAGAAUCUCAAAUCUCAAAUAUAUUUUGAUUGGUUUAACACUUUUUUGGUUACUACAUGAUUCUAUGAACACUACAUGUGUUAUUUCAUAGUUUUGAUGUCUUCACUAUUAUUCUACAAUGUAGAAAAUAGUAAAAAAUAAAGAAAAACCCUUGAAUGAGUAGGUGAAUGAGUAGGUGUGUCCAAACUUUUGACUGGUACUGUAUAUAUAAAUUAUAUAUAUAGUAUAUAUAUACUUAUGGACAGUGUAUGGAUAGUAUAUCUGAAGAAUACGUAGGAUAGCAUUGUAUAUGUACAGUAAUAGUUGAAUAGGAUGGCAUUGACUAGAAUACAGUAUAUACAUAUGAAAUGAGUAAAACAGUAUUUAAACAUUAUUAAAGUGACAGUGACUAAAUUCAGGGCAGGGUACUGGGUGGAGGCCGGCUAGAGAUGGCUAUUUAACAGUCUGAUGGACUUGAGAUAGAAGCUGUUUUUCAGUCUCUCGGUCCCAGCUUUGAUGCACCUGUACUGACCUCGCCUUCUGGAUGAUAGCUGGGUUAACAGGCCGUGGCUCGGGUGGCUGACGGGUGACACACGGACACACAUGAAUGAAUGCACGCACACACACACACACACACUUGCAUACCCAUACACUCUCUCUCUGUCUUACCAUUGACUGGGGUAAAGGGCAGUGUUGGGGGGAGACACCCUCAGUGAAGUGGUAUUAGAUCUGCUAAUACCCACCAAUCGCCUGGGAGUAUCCAGUGUGUCCACGACGACAUCAUUUUAAUAUAAUCCUCCUGGAUUAAACUGCACUCCUUCAUGAUCUGUUUGCCUGUCUGUCUCUCUCUAACUCUGUCUGUCUCUCUCUUUCUCUUUCUCUUUCUCCCUCUCUCUGUCCCAGCUCUCUGUGUCUGUCACUGAAUCUCAUGUCCCUCUGUGUGUCUGUGUGUUUCUGUAGGUUUUUAACAAGCUGAUCAGGAGGUACAAGUACCUGCAGAAUGCCUUCGAGGAGGAAGUCAAAAAGGUAAAUUAUUCACAGGAAACAGGCUUCACAGGAAUUCACAGGAAACAGGCUUCAGGUGAAUUCACAGGAAACAGGCUUCACAGGAAUUCACAGGAAACAGGCUUCACAGGAAUUCACAGGAAACAGGCUCAUGUGAAGUCCCUUUAACAGUUCUUCAGUUUUGGAUGAUCCUAUGUACUUGUGAUUACACUUUAUAUCUUCAGCUGGGUAGACAUUUUUUAUCCUAUUGUCUUUAGUUUACAUCAUUUCCUGCCCAUGUGUUGACCUGUCCUGAUUGACUGAUUGAUUUACUGAUUGAUUGAUGGAUGUUUUAUCCCUUAGCUUCUGCUGUUCCUGAAGGCGUUCAGCGAAUCAGAGCAGACCAAGCUGGCUAUGUUGACUGGUAUCCUAUUGGCUAACAGCACUCUGCCCCCACCCAUCCUCACCAGCCUCUUCAGUGACAAUGUUGUCAAGGAAGGUGAGAGUGUGUGUGUGUGUGUGGGGGGGGGGGGGGGGGGAGUUCUCGUUCUUGAGGCACAUAUGUAUGGCAUAUAUUUAUAGCUCUGGUUUUCUUCCAAGUUGUUCUCUUACACUUGUCUGUUAUUGGUAUCUUGCAGGUAUCUCUGCGUCCUUUGCGGUGAAGAUGUUCAAGGCAUGGAUAUCUGAGAAAGAUGCCAAUGCAGUCACCUCAGCCCUGAGGAAGGCUAACCUGGAUAAGAAACUCCUGGUAAGAAACACUUUAGGCAGGUAGCCUAGAGCAGUGGUUUUGAACCUUAAGUCAAAAAAUUCUGUGACUCCUCGAAUGGUGGUCCUCAAGAGCUUUUGAUGGUGAUUUGGUGGUCCCCGGAACAGAAAAAGGUUGGGAACCGCUGGCCUAGAGGUUAGAGAGACUCUUUUACUGUGCUCCAAUUAUUUUACUGUGCUCCAGCCACAAGUGGAAGCUGUUGUAGUGAAUUUGCAGGGUUGAAGAUCAAUGGAAGUUGUUUGAGCCUAGACUUCUUGAUAUUUCUCUAGGAGCUGUUUCCUGCCAACAAGCAGAACGUGGAGCACUUCUCUAAGUACUUCAAUGAGGCGGGGCUGAAGGAGCUGUCAGACUUCAUGCGUGUGCAGCAGUCUCAGGGAACACGAAAGGAGCUGCAGAAAGAACUGCAGGAGCGACUCUCUCACGACUGCCCCAUACGAGAGGUGUAAUACCAGAUACCAUGUCCUGCCUUUGUACCCUUGAACAAGCUCCAAGAGAGCUGCAUUGCGCCCCACCCUGUGCUUCCAACCCCUCAUUGGGGUGUGUUUGUCUGUCUCUGGGUUGGAUUGUAUAGGCAAAAAUAAUACAUUCCAUUCUCCAACAUAAUGGACAGUAAAUAAUUAUUCUUCUGUGGUUCUAGAUGGUGGUGUACGUGAAGGAGGAGAUGAAGAGGAGUGACCUCCAGGAGCAGGCUGUGAUUGGUCUGCUGUGGAACAUUCUCAUGAAUGCUGUGGAGUGGAACAAGAAGGAGGAGUUGGUCACUGAGCAAGCCCUCAAACACCUUAAAGUACAUCAUCAUAACAUCAACCAUGAAUAACUUAACUCACUCCUAACCCAUCCACUGUAUAACAACAUUAGAGAUGGUCACUGUGGAGGCCCUCAAACACCUCAAAGUACUGCACAACACUAACAUCAACCAUGAAUGAAUGAAUGACUUUGUUGAUGGGGUGUGUAUCCUCUGCCCUCCAGCACUAUGCCCCCCUGCUAGCAGCGUUCAGCACCCAGGGCCAGUCAGAGCUGGUGCUGCUACUGAGGAUCCAGGAGUAUUGCUAUGACAACAUCCACUUCAUGAAGUCCUUCUCCAAGAUAGUGGUGCUCUUCUACAAAGGUCGGUAUUAUCAUUUUAUACAGGACACUCUUUCACACAGUUUCUAUGUAAAAAAGAAAAAAAAAAGAAAAAAAAAGGGAAAAAAGGGUCUCUCUUUCAUUUGUCUUAGUGGUCAGGGCUGGGGUCAAUUCCAUUUCAAUGUAGGAAGUAAACUGAAAUUCAAAUUUUACAUAAAUUCACAUAACUUCUCCUUGUGGUGUCUAAAUGUUCCUGUUCUGUCUCUCUUCUCUCCACCCAGCUGAUGUGUUGAGUGAGGAGGCCAUUCUGAGGUGGUACAAAGACAAUCACACCACCAAAGGGAAAGGUGUCUUUGUCGAGCAGAUGAAGAAGUUUGUUGAGUGGCUGCAAAAUGCAGAAGAAGGUAACAUUUACAUUUAAAUACAGGUUAAAGUUACUGGUUACAGUUACAGGUAACCUAAUCAAUAACUGAAUAGAAAACCAUAGCAUUUUCAGAAAAUCAUUGUUGAAUCAAUGAAACUGGACUAUUACAGUUUUUCUCAAUUGCUAAAACACUAAAACCCAUUGGCUGAACAAAGUUCUCAGUUGCCUGGACUCAUUUAGCUAAUUAUGCAGUCUGUUGUCAAUACCUUAAACCAUUUCACAUGGUAAAACACAAUUUGCAGAUCUCACUUAGACUUUUCAGCAAAACUCUAAAUACAUUCUCAUUCUCAAAACACAUUCUGCACUCUAAUGCACAUGUCAUCCAUACUGGUAAACACAAGUGGCAACAAUCAAAUACAAAUAGAGAACACAUGUCAUUGAUUGAACACAACCACUCAAAAUUGAUUUAACCUGUUUCAAAUGAUGCGACACAACCAAUAUAAGCCAGUUCAGAGAGCAAACAGGUUGUUGAAGGUGGGAAGGAGAAAGUCUGAGAAUGGAUAGAAGAAACAAUGUGAGAGGACGAGGACGAGUGCGUAUAUAAUAAUAAUAAUAUAAUAUGCCAUUUAGCAGACGCUUUUAUCCAAAGCGACUUACAGUCAUGCGUGCAUACAUUUUUGUGUAUGGGUGGUCCCGGGGAUCAAACCCACUACCUUGGCGUUACAAGCGCUGUGCUCUACCAGUUGAGCUACAGAGGACCACAAUGCGAGGUGGGCGACGAGGAGGAAGAGGAGGAGGAGGGCAAGAAAGAGGAAGAGGAGGACGAAGAGGAAGACAAAGAGUGGAAAUAUCUGAUGAAAUUCAAGCAACAGUCAUAGACCAUGUUCUUGUCCAUGGACUGACAAUGAGGGAAGCAGGACUUAGAGUGCAACCCAAUUUGAGCCGAUUUUCUGUGUCCACCAUAGUAAGGACAUUCUGAGAAGAGAACAGGUACAGUAUACUACUGUAUAUUUGUAAUUGCAAAUUUACUGUACUACACUAUAUGCAGCUGUUUCAAUAUACAUUUGUAAAGUUAAUCACAGUAUGUAUUGUACUGCAUGAAUAUGUUUUGUAACUACACAACUACAACUACACCUGCAUGCUGCCACAUGCAGGUGGAAGGACAGCUAUAUUCACUCCGGAGCAAGAGGCCGUUAUAGUUGGCAUGGUCCUUCAAGAUAAUGCAAUACGACUCAGAGAAAUCCAGGAACGAGUGAUACAAGACAACACACACUUCCAGGGAAUCGACAGUGUGAGCAUUUCCACAAUUGACCGUGUCCUCCAUCGUAACAGGAUGCGAAUGAAACAAGUAUACAGAGUACCUUUUGAGCGCAACUCACCAAGGGUGAAAGAACUGUGAGCUCAGUAUGUGCAAGUAAGUGUACAUUCAGAAACAUUUACUGUAAUCCAGAUUGUCUACAGUACUAACACAUACUAUGUGAAUGACAUUACUCUUCAGUACAUACAAUGUAUGUGAAUCAGAAGUGCAUACAGUAGGCCUAAUUGUACUCUACAGUAUAGCACUGUCUCUGUACGACUUACAAAAUCCUACAUACAGUAUAUUGUAUUUCUACACAGACAAUAUUUGACUUGGAAUCCUUGGACAGACCCCAUGAGUUCAUCUUUGUCAAUGAAGCAGGCUUCAAUCUAUCAAAGAGAAGAAGGAGAGGCCGAAACAUGAUUGGACAGCGGGCCAUUGUUUAAGUCCCUGGUCAACGAGGCGGCAAUGUUACAAUCUGUGCUGCUAUCAGCAACCAUGGUGUUCUACAUCACCAUGUUACACUCGGGCCAUAUAACACCCAGCACCUUCUAAGAUUUAUUGCCAAUCUAAGAUAUAUUUUAUUUGAGCAGCAGGUUCAAGAGCAGCAGGGUCAAGGGCUAAAUGAGAAUCCCAUUCCCACCUAUGUGAUAGUGUGGGACAAUGUCAGUUUCCACCGAGCUGCUCAGGUAAGGGAAUGGUGCUUAUAUAUACAUUUCAAUACAAUGUUCUACAGUGAAAGUAAUCUGCUGAGAGGGGUAACAAGUACACUGUAAACACCAAUGCAAUGUAGAAACAGAAAAUAUUUAUUAGGCCAAACAUUACUGUUGUAUACAGUAGCAUACAACAAAACCAUAAACAUAUGUAAACCAAAAGUAUAUUCUUUAGAAUACAGUAAAGAACACAAUUGUGUGUGGGGGUUCCCGGGGGUGCAGUGCAGUAAAUGGAUGGCUUAGAGUUACAAAUGUUUAUGCAAUACUAUGCAGUCAUACGUAUUUUACAGUACAUUACUGUAAUGCUAAAAUAGUAAUUAGAUAGUUGCAUACCUGUUCUCAUUUCUGAAGGUUCGAAUUAUGGACGCCACUGUAAAUCGACUCAAGUUGGGCUGGACUCUCAGUCCAGCCUCUCUCAUGGUCAAACCGUGGUUGAUCACAUGAUCAACAAGUGUUGCCCUAAUCUCAUCAGAGAUGGCUCUCCUUCCUUCUCUUCUUUGCCCUCGUCCUCUUCUUCCUCUUCCUCUACCUCCUACUCCUCCUCUUCCAACUAUUCGUCUUUGAAUUUGUCCUCGUUGUUGUCCCCUGCCUCUCCCUCCUACUCCUCUUGCUCUCUGUCCAUUGUUGGCAUCCAUUGUUCGAAACAGUCCUAUACUACAGUAAAGCAGUGAUUGGUUAGUGAUCAGUUAAGCAAUUAGUGUUUGAACAUGUGAGGAGAGUGUGUUUGACCUGGUGAAUAAGUGUAGCAUUUUGAUUGGUUGUGUUUGGAAAAGGAAAGCAAGUCACUUCCUGUUAGAUUUUUGUGUUUUAGGUAGAGAAUUGUGUGUAGUGUUUUGAAAAAAGUGUUUUUAUGCAAUUGACAACUGAGUCAAAGGCUGAGAAAUAGCUUAUGGUUUUGGAGAUUUUGUGUGUAGUUUUGCACUUUGAGUGAGAGGUUUCAAAAAUCGUGUGACAUGAAAAGAUUUUGUGUGUAAGCAGUUGGAAAAAACUGUAACAUCAAUGGGCAGUUUAUGACCUUGUACCUCCCUCCAUACUCGCCUUUCCUGAAUCCGAUUGAGGAGUUUUUCUCCUCUUGGAGAUGGAAAGUGUAUGAUAGACAACCCUACACCAGAGUAAAUCUGCUGCAAGCCAUGGAUUUAACUUGAGGUGAUAUAGGUGAGGAAUCAUGUCAGGGCUGGAUACGGCACACAAGAGGCUUCUUCCCCCGUUGCCUCAGGAGGGACAAUAUUGCUUGUGAUGUCGACAAAGUGCUCUGGCCUGACCCAGCCCAAAGACAAGAAGAAGCACAUUGAUCACAUGUUUACUCCUUUGAUUUUUGUCCCUUUUAGUAUUGUAUACUGUAGUACAGUGCAUUGUAGGCUGUAUACUGUACAAUGGACAAAUUGUAUGGCCCUGAACAUUGUGCUUUCCAUUUGUUAACAGUACUGACUGCUCAAUAGAUUUUGACUGGUUGCAGGUUCAUAUCAACAAAGAACAAGAAUUACAGUAUUACAGAGACAAAGGACAAAUUUGUGAGAUGCAGGGUACAGUACUGUAAAAAUAGGGAUACAAGGAGGAGGAAGAACAAAAAACAAAAGUAGUAAUUUCUGAUCAAUUUUGAGCUACUAUGAUAGAACAUGUUUUCGUUCAUCAAAAGACAAUGACGGAAACAUAUGAAAUUUGUUUUGAGAUUAAAAAUGUACUUCUCCCUGAGAACUGUAUGUUUUGAACAAUGUGUUUUCUAUUUUUCGGUGUAUUGUUUACUGACUGCUUGAGAGUGUAUAUCAUUUUGAUCACUUUGUUUAUGAUUUGAGAGCAGUGUUUGAUUUUGAACACAGGUAAAACUGUUUUGAGGCGAAUGUUUCAUUUUGCGAGAGGAGUCAGAGGUUUUGUAAAUAGUGCUUGAAGAUGAGGUUUUGUGUUUAAUGUUUUCAGGAAAUGGAGCAAGGUUUCAGAAAUUGUGUUUUAGCAAUUGAGAAAAACUGUAACUUUCGAUAGACUUGGGCUGCAAUGUGCGCUCUACUGUAAUUCCUGUUUUUAUCACUAUGUGGAGCUGUUUAGUAAUAAUCUUGAUGUUUAUUUUCCCCUGUAGAGUCCGAGUCUGAGGGAGAGGAGGACUAGAAGACCAACCCAACAAGGAGUUUGUCUGUAACUCUGAAGUCUGUGGCCUGUAUAUGUCAAUCAGCUCACCUGUAGUCCCCAUGUUGCAUAGGGCACGUUCCAGGUCGUCUUUAAAGCAAUCAUGCUACUUAUUUUAGAAGAUUUGCUAGGCUUUAUCAUAUUAAUGUGGUUCCUGAUACAUUCAAGAUAAACACUUAUCAAGGCAUUGUAAGAAGUAUGAGAUAAUGUGUGCAGCGUGACUGCAAUAAAAAAAAAACCUGGAACACGCCUAUCCAUAAUGACUAACCAACCAGGGGUCCGAGACACCUCAACAUCCUGCUCUAGGCAAUCAAAGCACAACCCUCAGCGAAAAACCAGUGGACCGCCCGACUCAACUUCAGGAGGACAGGAGACUAGAUGUCAUCUAUCAAGACCGCCCAAUCUGUGAUAUUUACAGACGUUUUUUUCAAUUAAGGAUUGGGCAUUUAAUAAAGAGGUCGAACACAUCAGUCAGUCAGAGCGAACUCCCUUUACUAACGUUGUUCAGGGAUAGAGAGGAAGUCAAGACCUCAAUCUACAGUAGAUUGUCAUACCCGUUUUAUGGAAACUCAACUUUGUGUUUGUAACUUGGCAAUGCUUUUAUCUUUUUAUUAAUAAAG